GGGCUGCUGGGGAUGCCAAAAUGUUAAGUAAGGUGACCAGGAGGUGAUAUGUAUCCACCAUAACACAAGACGUCUGUCGCGAACGUCCCCCUGCAUUCUAUCAGGUCACAAAGCCCAAACUUGAAGUUACUUUUAUUUCUCACUGAUUGUCACUCCCGAUGUCGAAGCAAGUGGCAGUUGCUUGGCCAGCACAUUACGAGGAUGCAAGGAUUUACAUUUGGGGCUUUGGAGUCUACGCCAGUGGUACAGCUGCACUUGCCAUUUGCAAGCCUCACAUCGUUUUUAAGUUGGUGGAACCUCCGUUAUACGUUGCUGACAAGUACCUUGGUAUAGCCCCCGUCCAUCCUCCCGUCACUAUUGAGGAGUUUCGCGCUAAUGCUUUUGCGUGGGCUUUCGUUUUUGCCAUCGGCGGAAUCUAUCUUGUCUUUGGUGGGCCAUUUUGGAACAGGGGUGGCAAGAUGCUUCUCGAAGCAGGGCUUUUCACUCGUCUCAUAUACGUUGUGACAGUAUACGCUCUCUGCUUUUUCACCGAAUACGGCACAAAUCUUGCGUUUGUUGUUGCAACAAGCGAUUUGUUGUCAGUGCUCCUUACCAAAAGAGCCCUCAAGGCGAGCUGGGUUGAUUUGAUCUUCGGUCGAAAAGUGAAGCAGGUCCCUGUUGGUAAUUCUUCGCGAUAACGUACACCGUACUGUCUUGCUGCCAUCACACACAAUUCUAUGUUCCUGAUCUCACAAGAUGAGAGCGGGGGAUCUAAUCUAAUCUCCAACGAUCUUCGCCUAAACGCAUGCAUUCUAUCCAGGGAUUUCAGCUUUUGUCUAUUCUCUUUAUGAUCUAUUUACAGGAGAGGCUUCGAGAUGUAUUUUGAACAUGUGAGUUCACGUUAUGUGUUUUUCUCGUUGUCUUGUUCCUUUUGGGGGGGUUUGGAGCAGUUAAAUAGCUUCCGAGCCGAGUUCUUGUCAUGCGUGCGUCCCGUUGAUCCACAUCAUCUACGACAUGCCUCCGUUACGCUACGAUAGCGUUACAUAUUAUAAUACUACCAUAGAGUCGGCGCCGCUGCUGCUUCCACAAUUUGAUCUCAAACAUUCUAUGUCUCU